CUUUGCUAGCGUUGGCUGCUGUUUGUCACAGCCAAGAAGAAUGCCGCCAUCAAGUGGUCGAUGCGAAAAUCAUCCCUUUUAUUAUUGCCAGUCUCAAAAGUGAAUAUACCGGCCUACGCGUGGCGGCCUGCGAAUGCUGUCGUUCACUUUCCAGGUCGGUGAAGAAUCUCCGCACUGCAAUGGCGGAGAAAGAUCUCGUUUCUCUUCUGUCAUCACUUCUGACGGAUCCUGCAGAAGAGGUACAAAUCGCUGCCUGCGAAGCUCUUUGCAAUGUUAUUCUCGAGUUCUCUCCUAUGAAAGAUGAGGUUAUCAAUAACGGAGGCGUCACUUCUUUAAUUGGCUUGACUUUUCACAAGAAUGUUGCUUUGCGGCUCAAUGCGACUUGGGCAGUCAAAAACUUGCUGUACUUAUCUUCUACACAAAUGCACGAAGCCGUAAUGGAUGCUUUAACUUGGAAGCAGCUCUUGAAUUUACUAAAAGAUCAAGACCCCAAAGUUCAAGAGCAGGCACUCAAACUUUUGCGCAACUUAUCAUCUGGAGACAAGGAAGAAGGAGAAAAAAACAUCAAUCGGCUUCUUAAUAAUUUUGGAGAGGAACUAAAGGAAAUAUUACCUUCAGUGUUUAUGGGUGCUAAUGCCACUUUAAUAAUUGAUGGGCUUUACACGUGCAGUAACAUCGCAUCCGGAAAUGAAGAACACAAGAAUUACAUUUUGUCGAAUAAUGCACUUUUGAAUGCCGUAAGGGAUAAUUUGCUCCACGAGAAUCCGGAGGCUCGUAUAGCUGCCACGUGGUGUGUUCUUAACUUAACCUGGCGGGAACCUGGACGCAGUAGCCCGGCAGAGAAUAAGUAUAUUGAAGCGCUAUCCGCCUUAGAAAUCCAUAAACGGCUUGAAAUACUUAUCAGUGACUCGCACAAAGAUGUGGCUGAACGUGCUAAGGCUGCUUUACAACAAAAACCGUGUAAGUUUAGAGCUGAACGUAGCAAACAACGUGGUAUAUUGACCUGCUAUCAAAGUUCAUUAGUAGGACUUCCGUCAUCUUUAUCAGUUCUAUUUUCAGCAGAGCUCUUUUCUGCUUCUAAUAAGCCCUUAAGUUCUUUAAGUGUGAAGAAGACGGCGGAGAUAAAGGACAAAUAUUCUCUGUAUUUAUUACUUCGGAAUGAAAAAUUUUAUAGCUCCUAGUUCUGUUAAUCAGCGCCCGAGGAACGGAGUUGCGGGCACUUUAGACUAUAAAGAAAAAAAAGCUUCAAAAAAAGGAGUUUUGAACAGCACGUAAGAAGGGUUGAAGUGCUGGACGAAUAAUUUAUUAUUAUAACAAGUUGCUUACAUGCUCGGGAUGGAUAAAGAUGCCAGAGAAGCAGACAAACUGGCGAAAGGAGACAGUUCAUUUCGUACUUAACAACAAAGUUUUGGUAAAGAUUGGGUGGGGCCAGCCGUUAUCAAUAAGUUUUAUUAAGGACAGGUUUAUACGAACUAAGUUGUAACGGAAAAGUACUAAACCGUCACCAGGCUUACGGGAGGGAUUUCGGUGCUAAUGGUGAAAAUAUAGGAAAGUGAAGUAUCCAAUAAACCCGAUACCAUAAUGACAAGGGGAUAAAAUAGACACGAUCUUAUGUGGUAAGUAUGGGCGUUUCAGGUGAAAUAGAGUAUCAAUCACCACGGCUGGAUGGGUAAGAUGGUACAAAGCUCAAGGCCGAAAUUCCUGAUGAUGAUAAGCUGGUAGAAUCAGAGGAGUAGAGCGAACAGGAUUGAAGGGUUGACGUACUCUAUAUCUCUGUUUGUUUCUUAACUGAAAUCUCUCGGAUUCUUUGAUGAAUAAAUUCCCUGGAAAAUGUAAUAUCUGUCUUAAUAAACUUGUUUGAGACCUGUUAA